GGGAAGCAGAGGGAGAAGGAGAAGCAGCAGGGGGGAGAGCGGGAGAAGGAGGAGGAGAAGAGGGAGGAGCGGCAGGAGAACGAGCGGGAGCGGGGCUAUGGCGGGAUCUUUGUCACGUUGUUUGGCGGAGGAGGAGCGGGAGGGGGAGGAGGAGGAGGAGGAGUGGGAGGAGCCGGAGAAGGAGCGAGAGGAGGCGUGGGAGAACGAGCCGGGAAGGAGCGGGAGCGGGGCUAUGGCGCGGGAAGAGGAGCAGGAGGAGGGGGAGGAGGAAUGGGGGGAAAAGCAGGAGAAGCAGCGGAAGGAGGACAAGCAGCAGGAGGAGCGGGAGGAGCAGCAACAGAGGGAGCGGGAGAAGGAGAGGGAGGACGAGCGGGAGAAGGAGUGGGAGCGGGGCUAUGGCGGGAUCUUUGUCAUGUUGUUUGGUCGAGGAGCGGGAGGAGGAGGAGGAGCGGGAGGAGGAGUGGGAGAAGGAGGGGGAGAAGGAGGGGGAGGGGAUUGGGGAUGGGGUUGCAUCUCACAGCCCCUUGCUCCGUACUCUCCUUCUCAUUUUGCACAUUGGAAGGCUGCUCAGUUCAUGCACACAUGAAACUUGAAGCGGCCCUGCCUGCGCGCGCCUGUGUACACG